UUGGGGUGUCCUCGACUUGAUAUUGUUCUGUUUCCGCUUCGUCGAUUUUUAAGUUUGCGGACUGAAUAUGGGAAAGUCUGGAAAGACGGACACCCCGGACAUCACAUUUUUUAUUUUAAAUUUGAAUGUUGUACAAACUUGCAAUAUAGUGUAUCAAUAUCUGUGGCACUUACUGUGUACACUUAGCUGGCUUUCUGUUAAAUUUAUUUUAAAAAACAAAAAAAAAGAAAUCUACAGAGAGCAGCUCGAUGUAAAUUUUCGUCUGCAGAAGAUAAGGUUCUCAUUGUUAUCGAGUAAUUUUUGACGUAGGACUACGUCUUUCAUUUCUAUACCGGGGUGUAAAAUCAAAGUUUCGAAAACGAAAGCGUUACGCCGGAGACCGAGAUUUUGAACGUUAAUAGCUCUUAAACAACUGAACGAAAUGGUAUGAUAAACACUUCAUUCGAAAGAUAAACAGUCUACGCGUCAUAUACUUGUUACUUUUUCAUCCUAAAACUUGUUUCAAUAGUCUUAAAAUUGCUUUCGAAACAAGCUAUUGAAAUUACCAAUCGGUAUAUAAGCGAGCGCCGCUCGUAAACCCACUCAGUUAUGAUUGAACAGCGAUUGGAGCAUGUUGUCGCUGUUGUUGUGAAGCUAAUUUCGUUUAUCAUGAAAGCGCUGAUGAACGGUGUCACCAAGAGCCUGUUUGUGCACCUAAGGCCAGAAGGGAAUCCAUCAGGAGGAAAGUGAUGCCACGGUUCCGUUUGAAACAUCGGAGCAGCCGCCACACACACACAUACACGCGCGGAAUUCUCGUUGCUAUCAUCGUUGCUGAAAAAUAAUUUGCCAGUUCCCCUGGGAAUUGAAAAAUACAUUGAUGCGAAAGAGUUUAUUUUAAUGUUUUCUAUCCAUAUAACACUGCAACCAGAUACAUUUGGUUUGGUGAUUUUUCAAUCAAUCGCAAUUAAUAUAUUUUUUUCCCAUCAGAGGAAAAUUUUCGUAUCCAAUAUUGGUUGCAUAACAUGAAAAACGUGAAACAUCAUCGCGAAAAUCAAGUCAGUUUUCGAGCGAUUAUUUGCUUUCUACUCAUAUAAUGCUGCGACCAAAUACAUUUGGUUUUGGAUUUUUUCAAUCAAGUGCGAUCAACGUAAGACCACGUCUUUCGUCAAUUUAUUAGAGGUGCAAUGAAUCUUUAGGAAUUCCCGCUCUACGCGCACUGGCAAACAAAUGUUUACUCAACAAUUUCUCAAACGAGAAAUGGGUGUUGUGAGAAAGGAUUAGCAAACGCGAAAACGACAAACGGGAGAAAGAUAUGUUUGGAGGUUGAAAGAAAUUGGCAGAAAAACUUCUUCAUUCUAUCAUUCAAAUAAUGUGAUUCAUACCACUUCGUUUUACCAGAAAGAGUUUCUUGAUGCUCAAAGGAGGAAUCGAGUCCUCCGAGGAAAUUACCCAGCGCAAAUUAGAGUCGACUAUCGAUUGCGGUAUUCGUACACAAAUAAUUUUUAUAAUGCAGUUUCACCAAAGUGAUUUCUUCGGAUAUAUUCACUACAUCAUGUCAUGUAUUUCAUAUUCUUCAUUAUGCAUGGAUAGCACACAAAUUGGUAUCUUCGAAUAAGUCUCCUGCAGCGUCAUAACCGCGGAACUUUGGUAGCGCAAGUCGGUUUUGAAAUACUGAGCAAUUCCACGAUCCAAAUGCUGCAAAGGUAGCUGCGGAUCAGUGUUGGGAACACUGGCAACCGUAACUCAAAAAGCAUCACAGGGCUCACCGUUGGCAGGCGACUGUCAUCGGAUUGACGUCAUCGAUGUGUCACCGAGAAUGAGGUUGUCUCCUCGAAAACGUGUUCUUUAAGUCAGUCUAUUUUAAUUGUCUCACGAAUAAAGUUUAAGUUAUUGUAACGUUAGUAUAUUCUUUCAUUUCACCACCUCGCAACGCGAGCGUUACAACAGUGGCGACGAGAACGCGAGUUUUUUUUCGUGAGUUUUACGAAUUUUGACGGAAAAUCCGCGUAGAGAAAGCGCGAUCGAAUUUCAACUACGACGCCGCCGCCGAACAAAAGGAAGCGUACCUUCAGCAAAAUGGAGGGUCAACAGAAUCAGCCUCCGAAUAGACACCCACAGUUUCGUCAACAGCAGCUUCCUUCCCAAGCGGUGCCACCAGGUCUGAAUCCGGGAAACAGUCCACCCGGUCAUCAACAGCAGUACCAUCAGCAGCCGAUUUUUACCCAGGGAAUGACGGCGGAUAGUGUCAUCGUACAAAUUUUGCAACACCUUCAGCAGCAACAGGCAGUAACAAACCAGCUUCUCCAGCAGCAGCGUGAAGGCACACAUCAACAGCAGGAGUUCCUGCAACAGCAGGAAGCGCUUUUCCGGAAUGCGAUGUCAUCAAUCAACGUCAGCGUUCCCCCUAAUCCAGAAGCCAUCUUGGAUUCGCUAGCUGGGAACAUCAAAGAGUUCCAGUUUGAUCCUGAGAACCACUGUACUUUCGCUGCCUGGUACGCUCGAUACGAGGACCUCUUCGCCGAGGAUGCACACAGACUGGAUGACGAUGCUAAAGUGAGGUUACUUCUGCGCCGCCUGGGAACCAAAGAGCACUACAGAUACGUGAGCUACAUAUUACCAAGUACGCCGAAGGAUUUCACGUUCGACGUAACGGUUCAGAAGCUUACAGCACUAUUCGGGACCACAGAAUCAAUGGUGAAGAAACGCUACAGUACGCUCACCAUCGCUAAAACCCCGACUGAAGAUUACGUCACUUUCGCGUGUCGGGUAAACAAAAUGUGCGUAGAAUUCGAGCUGAAGAAGAUGUCCGAGCAACAAUUUAAGUGCCUAAUGUUCGUUUGUGGUCUCAAGGGUGAGUGUGACGCCGAUGUACGUACCAGGCUGUUGGUGAAGAUUGAGAGCAACGAUGAUGUCACCCUAGAGGCGAUGAUUGAUGAAUGUCAGCGGCUGAUCAAUCUAAAGAACGAUACAGCGAUGAUUGAAGGUCCAUCCGGACAGGUGCAAGCAAUCAAAGGAGGUUCACAUCAUCAUCAGAGGAAGUUCCAGAAGCGGUCAACAGAACGAUGGAAAGGUUCUCUAGUGCCGGAAGAGGUGAAGAAGAUUCCUGCGACUCCGUGCUGGAACUGUGGUGCGAUGCACUACUCGAAGCAUUGCAGUUUCCGCAACCACAGAUGCAACGAAUGUAGGCAGUUUGGCCAUAAGGAGGGCUACUGUUCAACAACGAAACGUUCGUCCAAACCAGUGAAGCAGCGCAACAGGAAGGUUUCUACCAAAACCAUCGCACUUUCCGUGGGCAACGUCCAGAGCAAGCGACGGUUCGUGCAGGUAGAAAUCAAUGGUGUUCCAGUGCGCCUACAAUUGGAUACGGCAUCGGAUAUCACAAUUGUGUCCGAGCAGGUCUGGAAGCAGCUGGGUCAGCCAACAACGGUGCCGGCAACACAGAUCGCAAAGUCAGCGUCGGGUGAACAACUCGAUCUGCAGUACGAGUUUGCAUGUGAGGUAUCAUUCAACGGGUCAGCGCAGCAGGGCAGGAUUUUCGUCUCCAAGUGUUCGCUCAACCUACUGGGCAUCGACUUCAUCGACAAAUUCGAUCUUUGGUCACUACCGAUGGACAAUUUCUGCAACCAUAUCAGUGGUGUACCUGUAGAUGUAAAUUCAUUGCAGAAGGCGUACCCGAAGUUAUUCAGCAAUACAUUGGGGCUGUGCAAUAAGGCCAAAGUCAAGCUAGUUUUAAAGGAAUCCUGUCGACCAGUUUUCCGCCCUCGUCGACCAGUUUCCUAUGCUAUGCUACCAACAGUUGACGAAGAGCUCGAUCGUCUGGAACGGUUGAAUAUUAUUUCACCUGUAAAUUACUCCGAGUGGGCGGCUCCAAUAGUGGUUGUUAGGAAGGCGAACGGCAGCAUACGCAUUUGUGGGGACUACUCCACUGGGCUCAACGAGCGGCUCCAAUCUCAUCAAUAUCCGCUCCCGCUUCCACAGGACAUUUUCUCCAAACUGGCCGGUUGCAUCGUGUUCAGCACAAUCGAUUUGUCUGAUGCUUUCCUGCAGAUGGAAGUCGAUGAGAGUUCACGCCGUAUGCUCACAAUAAACACGCACCGGGGGUUGUAUGAAUACAACAGAUUACCACCCGGAGUGAAGGCAGCACCAGGGGCAUUUCAGCAGAUAAUUGAUACCAUGCUGGGCGGACUUUCGGAUACCUCUGGCUACUUGGACGAUGUUAUCGUCGGAGGCAAGAAUGCUGAAGAGCACCAACGAAAUCUGCACGCCGUUUUACAGCGGAUUCAAAAGUACGGUUUCACCAUACGUCCUGAGAAGUGCUCAUUUGCGAAGCCACAGAUUCGGUACUUGGGAUUUCUGUUAGAUCGUCAUGGCAUCCGCCCGGAUCCAGCAAAAAUUGCAGCCAUCAUGAAUAUGGCGCCACCACAGGACUUGACCGGAGUGCGUUCCUUCCUGGGGGCAAUAAACUAUUACGGGAAGUUCGUCCCAAGCAUGAGAACUAUCCGUUAUCCGUUGGAUGAACUUCUCAAGAGCAGCACAUCAUUCAUCUGGACUCCGGAAUGCCAGCAGACGUUCGACAAAUUCAAGGAAAUAUUGUCCUCCGAACUCCUGCUCACCCAUUACAACCCGGAACAGGAAAUUAUAGUAUCAGCCGACGCAUCAUCAGUCGGAGUAGGAGCAACGAUAAGCCAUAAAUUUCCUGACGGCAAGGUCAAGGUUAUCCAGCAUGCUUCUCGGGCACUCAACGCUGCCGAACAACGAUACUCCCAGCCGGAUCGUGAAGGUCUUGCGAUAGUGUUUGCGGUAACCAAAUUCCAUAAGUUCAUAUUUGGAAGGAGGUUCCAGCUUCAAACAGACCAUGCACCGCUUCUACGUAUUUUCGGGUCCAAAAAGGGGAUACCGGUUUACACGGCCAACCGGCUCCAACGUUGGGCCUUAACAUUGCUUAAUUACGACUUUUCCAUGGAAUACGUCCCGACCGACAAAUUUGGAAAUGCUGACGUGUUGUCCAGGCUCAUCAACCAUCAUGCCAAGCCGGACGAGGAUUUCGUCGUAGCGUGCACCAACUUAGAAGAUGAUUUGAGGUCAGUAGCGAUAAGUAGCGUCAGUUGUUUACCUCUCAGUUUCAGUAUGGUACAACAAGCAACCAAAACCGAUCCAGUACUGCGGAAGAUUCACCGUUUCAUCCGAAACGGGUGGCCAACAUCCAAGUCUGAAACGCAAGACAUUGAGCUGCGAAGAUUCCAUGAUCGUCCAGGAUUGCAUCAUGUUCGGGGACAGGUUGGUGAUCCCCUCCAUUUACCGAAAAAGGUGCUUGGCUCAACUCCACAAGGGCCAUCCAGGGAUGCAUCGAAUGAAAGCAGUCGCACGCAGCUAUGUGUACUGGCCGGGAUUGGAUGAGGAGAUAGCCAGUUUCGUCAGAUCUUGUCCACACUGCGCAGCAGCAGCACGGUCUCCUCCGAAGGCGAAUCCUGUACCGUGGCCAUUACCCACCGCUCCGUGGCAGCGUGUUCACGCUGACUAUGCGGGUCCGCUUGAUGGGGAAUUCUACCUCAUUGUCGUCGACGCUUACAGCAAAUGGCCGGAAAUCUUUGCAACCCGGCAAAUUACGACGAAAGCAACUACCAACUUACUGCGUCCGCUCUUCGCCAACAAGGGAAUGCCGGAACUUCUGGUUACAGACAACGGCACCCAAUUCAAAAGCGAGGAGUUUAGCCAAUAUUGCCGUGAAAACGGAAUACAGCAUGUCACUACUGCGCCCUUCCAUCCGCAAUCUAACGGCCAGGCCGAAAGAUUCGUCGACACUUUUAAACGUGCAGUCCGUAAAAUUCAGGAGGGAAAAGGCAACAUAAAGCAGGCUCUGGAUGUUUUCCUUCUCACGUACCGGACUACACCAAACGCAAACGUGUCAGAUGGGAGAUCACCCGCCGAAGCCAUGUACAAUCGACCGUUGCGGACAUCCAUGGAUCUGCUACGAGCGCCGCGUGAACAGAUGCCAGAAAUUUGCACCGAAGCUACUUCAAGUCAACCGAGAACUUUCACAGCAAAGGAUCCUGUAUACGCUAAGGUCUACGCGAACAAUAAGUGGACUUGGGUAUCGGGCAUCAUAGUCGAGAAGAUAGGCAAGGUGAUGUACAAUGUCCGGUUUAACAAAAAGAUAAUUCGAUCCCACAUCAAUCAACUGAGGGCACGAGCAGCAACAGAACCGGAUGCUGAGCAGAUGACUCAAUUGAAGAAGCAGCUACCAAUCAACAUCCUGUUGAAUGAGUGGAAGUUGUCUUGUCCUGCAUCACCUGCUGGGUUGGCAGCUACAUCACCACUGCUGGAACAGCAUGUCAAUCCGUCAUCAACAACGUCACCAGCGGAUAUGCCCUUGCCAUUCCCAGCAUUCUGUAGAAUAAAGUCAUCAUCAUCUUCGUCUUCAAAUUCAGCGGACUUCCAAUCCGCAAACGACUCGUCUCCUGCAAUCAAGGUACCUAGGCGCUCUUCUCGCAAUCGAAGGCCGCCUCAAUGGUUCCAGACAUACCACAGGUAUUAAGGAGGGAGAUGUUGGGAACACUGGCAACCGUAACUCAAAAAGCAUCACAGGGCUCACCGUUGGCAGGCGACUGUCAUCGGAUUGACGUCAUCGAUGUGUCACCGAGAAUGAGGUUGUCUCCUCGAAAACGUGUUCUUUAAGUCAGUCUAUUUUAAUUGUCUCACGAAUAAAAUUUAAGUUAUUGUAACGUUAGUAUAUUCUUUCAUUUCACCACCUCGCAACGCGAGCGUUACAACAAUCAGCAAUUCGGUUGACUUCUGAUAGCGACGAAUUUCACGCAAAGUUCCCGGUCGAUAGCGAUGUGGCUUCUUCACCUAUCCUGCUGCUGGUGCGCUUAUGCGAGCUGCUUUCAUGUGCCUUACCACCGAAAGGCUAUCCACGCAAAACGCGUCACAUCAUGUCCAAGGACAUUCAUAAUCUGCCAUAAUCUGCCAGUUCUCUGGGAAUUGAAAAAUACAUCCAUGCGAAAGAAUUUAUUUUAAUGUUUUCUAACCAUAUAACACAGCGACCAAAUACAUUUGAUUUCGUAAGUGUAAUUAGCUGGGAAGCUUCUGAAGAUUAUUCUUUCCCAUCAGUAGAAUAUUUUCGUAUCCAAUAUUGUAUGCGCGCGCAACGGAAAAUGUUUCGUAUCGCGAAAAUUAUAUAAUUUUCAAUCGAUUAUUGCUCAGUCGCCGAAAUGGUUCAUACUCAGAGAGUUCAUUCGCCUCUAGUUUGCCUUCCAAAUUGCCAUCGUAAACCACACCUUCUCUCGAUUCAAUCACGCACGAAAAGCAUACUUAAAUGAUAUUCUGGUGGUGAAACCCAUUAAUUUUUCGUGAGGCGUCGUGCACAAAUUAUGUAACGCGAUAAGAGGGGAGGGGGUCGAUGUUGCGUUACUUUCUGUUUAUUAGAGAUAGGAAAUUGCGUUACGAAAGGGGUGGAGGGGGUUCAAAAUCCGGAUUUUUAGCGUUACGUAAUUUGUACACGACGCCUGAGGACAUCGACAAGACAACAUCGUUACUGAACGAGCUGAACGGCGAGGGAUCGAGGGAUUCAUUACCUGGCCUGACCUGACCUGAAAUGCAAUCAGUUUGUUUUAACUGUGAGGGAGCGCAGAAAAGCCGAUCGAUCAGAAGGAGAAGAGAAGGUGACCAAGAGAGUAUCAGCAUCGAAAUACGGUUCCUCAGGAAGACAUCGAAGCAGCCGCCACACACACACAUACACGCGCGCAACUCUUUUCGUUUCGGUUAUCGAGAAGAAACCUGGAAAGAAGUGAUCGUUGCUGAAAAAUAAUCUGCCAGUUCCCCUUGGAAUUGAAAAUUACAUUCAAGCGAGUAUAUUUUAAUGUUUUCUAUCCAUAUAAUACUGCGACCACAUACAUUUGGUUUUGUGAUUUGUCAAUCAAGUGCAGUUAGCAGGAAAGCUUCUGAAGAUUAUUCUUCAGAACAGGGUUUUUUGUAUCCAAUAUUGGAUGCAUAAAACCUUGAGCCUCCAACGUAACGCUCUCGUUUUUGAAGUCACCCAAAUAUUUAUUUAUUCAUUCAUUCAGGAUGGAUUUAGAUUCAACUUCAAACAAAUGAUCUCUAAAUCAACGAUAGUCCUACGUCACCCUUGCGGUUAUACCAUAGAUAUAACCCACUUCCUGUUUUUGAGAUAUUUUUCGCUACAUGAGUGUUUUACCAACACACUUCCUCCAGUUUAUCGAAUCAGCGGUGAAGUUUUAUCAUUUUUACUCCAGAAAUAUUGAUGAAAAUAAAAUACCAAUCAAGUCGGGUAAGACGGAAACUCCACCGAAUAAGACGAACAUUUCGUUUUUAAAACAAAUUGAUUAUCUCCUACUUCUUUGUUCAACAGAUGCCCACUAACUACGUUUGCAAGUGCGACCAGAUAUCAUGGACGAAUCAGCAGAGCGGUUUUUAAAACGUAAUCCGAAUUUGACAUUCCGAAUUCCAGAAGCUAUUUUAGACAUGGAUAAAUGAGACAAAUUGCAAGUCUAACUAACUAACUAACAGCCUUUUUGUUCGAUCAUUUUAGGCCUAUUUGGAGACCAUCGAAACUUAUCGAGUACAUAAACCUGAAUUUUAAGAUAGUGUCCAUCUUUCCCACCCCAGGUGUCUGUCUUUCUCGACUCAAUCUUAUUUUUUCAAAAAUGCCAAACACAUUCAUUUUGCACAAUGUCUGCCUCAAAGACAAAUUUUAUUAUAAAAAUCUAGAUCUAGACUAUCAAUUUGUGGUGAGAUAGCUACAUAUUUUACAUUGGUGAAAUUGGUGAAAUUUGGUGAAAUUCACGAAAAAAUCAACGUUUAUUUAAGGUGUCCGUCUUCACCACUUUUCCACUAUAUUCUGCUUCGACGGGAUAUCCAUCGAUUGCUAAAAAUGUUUUGUUUCCAUUUCCGGGUUCCUUGUUUCGAGUUUUUCAUCCAAGUGAGAUCCCUCAUGAUCACGAGGAAGUAUUAACAAUCCAACUCAGUUGAAUGCACUGCGUGCUGGAGAAUUUGUAGCAAUUAAUAUUGUAUCAAGAUUCAAUUGAUUAAAAUGAUUGAUCGAAAAUAUCUAUGACCUUUUUAAUACAAUCCACACUAAUUAUGGUUACUGGCUUGAUUAUUCUUUGGUACCGAAUAAUCUCGAAUUCAGGCAACUCGCAAACACUUUGAAAAUCGAUCCCAUGAGGAAAUGCGUUCGAAGAACAGUGUCUUCCUGAACAAACUGUAACAUAUAUUGGAACACUACAUAGAUCUACUUCAGCAUGAUCGAGGUGUCCUAGCUUUAUUUUGCAUCCUGCGAUAAUAGACGGAAUAAGCUUAUGUUUUCCAGCUAUGACAAAAUUAUGAUUCGGUAGAUUAACGGAAAUACACCUCUUUUGGUCUCAAAAUCGAAGCUAGGGGGCGCGUGAAUUUAUUCAGAAAUAAAAGUAAAAUUUUGUUACGUAACGAUUACGGCUACCCCCCUCCCUCCUAUGUAACAUUAAAGGUGGAAACAGAAUGCCGCGUUGUGCGUUGCUUCUCAUCAGCUGUCAUUGCUUGCGUUUUGUACUAAAACAUUCGCCCGACGCAGUCUGUUGAUUUGCAGUCACAAUCUAGCAUUCGCGUCACCACUUUUCAUGUACAA